GUGUGCAUGUUAGCACCUGACUGAUACGCUGUAAACACGGAAGUGUAACAACCUGUUGCCUUUAGAUUCAGUCAUUCAUCCGCGCAAACCAAUAUGGGUGUCUCAAAUGCAGUCUUUAUCGGACUUGUGUCAUUAUUAGUCCCAGCUUCGUCGCUGGAUAAUGGUCUGGCGUUAACUCCCACCAUGGGCUGGUUGCACUGGGAGAGAUUUAUGUGCAACAUCGACUGUGAUGCGGAUCCUCAGAACUGCAUUAGAGAGGAGCUGUUCAUGGAGAUGGCAGAUGUGAUGGUGAAGGAUGGAUGGAAGGAGGCUGGAUAUGAGUUUGUGUGCAUUGAUGAUUGCUGGCCCUCACACGAGAGGGACGCCCAGGGGCGUCUGCAGGCUGACCCCAAGAGGUUUCCCAGUGGGAUCAAAAAAUUGGCAGAUUAUGUCCAUGCCAAAGGUCUGAAGCUGGGAAUAUAUGCAGAUGUUGGCACAAAAACAUGUGCAGGCUACCCUGGGAGUUUAGGUUACUAUGAUAUCGAUGCUAAAACCUUUGCAGACUGGGGUGUGGAUCUGUUAAAAUUUGAUGGAUGUUUCAUGCCUGACUGGCAUCAGCUGGGAGAAGGUUAUAUGAACAUGUCGAGAGCUCUAAACCAGACAGGCAGAAGUAUUGUAUACUCCUGUGAAUGGCCAUUAUAUGAGUGGCAACACCAACAGCCUGACUAUGAAGCAAUUCGCAAGACCUGUAACCACUGGCGUAACUAUGGAGAUGUGUAUGACCGGUGGACAAGUGUGACAAGCAUCCUGGACUGGACGGCUGAUCAUCAGAAAAUCCUGGUCCCAGUGGCAGGACCAGGUGGAUGGAAUGACCCUGACAUGCUGAUCAUAGGGAACUUCGGCCUUAGCCACGAUCAGCAGCAGACUCAGAUGGCCUUGUGGGCUAUCAUGGCUGCCCCGCUUCUGAUGUCAAACGACCUGCGAAACAUCUGUCCCAAAGCCAAAGAACUACUGCAGAACAAACACAUCAUUGCCAUCAACCAGGACCCUCUGGGCAAGCAAGGCUAUCGUACAUUAAAGGCUGAUAGUUUUGAGGUGUGGGAACGGCCCUUGUCAGGCAACAGGCUGGCCGUGGCAGUGAUGAAUAGACAGGAGAUUGGUGGUCCACGCAGAUUUACCAUUUCUGUGGCGACGCUGCCUACUUGGCAGCUCUGCAAUCCGAAGUGCAACGUAACACAGAUCCUGCCCGUGUACCAGGAAAUGGGUGUCCAGAAUCUCUUGUCAAAGGUGAUGGUCCAAGUCAAUCCUACAGGCACGACACUUCUCACUGUCAACCCUAUCAAAAGCUAUCCUCGUGACACCCUGUGACAUGAUUUGCAAAGCAAAACGGUUUUGAAACAAAAAAUUUACUAUUGCACUAAUGUGAUCGAGUUACACUUCCUGAUAUUUUUUUUAUUAAGAGUUUUUAGCUUUUGAAUUCCACUGUAGAAUCCAUUUUUUACUUUUUUAAAAGUGCACACUAAGAAAUCAAUAUUUCAAAAAUGGUAGUUGGGUAUCAUUUGCUGUACAAAACACAAAAAACUCUAAGACCUGCAGUUUACACACCUGUACACCUGUAUUUCCAAGUAUCAAUGUUUUUGGUUCACUAGAAAACUACUGUGCUAUAGAAACAUAUCGUCACGUUCUUCAUGAUCUGUUAUACUUCAUAUUGAAGACUUACAAUGUGUUUAUGGGUUGCACUUUCAAAUCACUUUUAUUUUAACAUACAUAAAGAUCCUCAGGGAUUUUGGUAAUCAUUUGACAGCUCAGGCCUUGUUCUGAAAUUAUGUAAUUGAUCUGAAUCAAAUAAAGCAUCUGUGUAAGUUUCA